CCCAGUUUACAGAUACUGACAUGGACUAUGAGAGGCCUAAUGUCGAGACCAUUAAAUGUGUGGUGGUGGGUGACAAUGCUGUGGGUAAAACACGUCUGAUUUGUGCCCGCGCGUGUAACGCCACUCUUACACAGUACCAGCUCCUCGCCACCCAUGUGCCCACUGUCUGGGCCAUUGACCAGUACAGAGUCUGUCAAGAGGUUCUGGAACGCUCCAGAGAUGUAGUGGAUGAUGUGAGCGUGUCUCUUCGAUUAUGGGACACCUUUGGAGACCAUCACAAAGACCGCCGCUUCGCUUAUGGCAGGUCAGACGUGGUGGUCCUGUGCUUCUCCAUUGCCAACCCCAAUUCUCUGUUUCACGUGAAGACCAUGUGGUACCCAGAGAUCAAGCACUUCUGCCCUCGUGCCCCAGUCAUUCUGGUGGGCUGCCAGUUAGACCUGCGUUAUGCUGACCUGGAGGCUGUUAACAGGGCAAGGAGACCUCUAGCCAGACCCAUCAAAGCGAACGAGAUUCUUCUUCCUGAGAAGGGUCGUGAGGUGGCCAAAGUGUUGGGCAUGCCGUACUACGAGACCAGCGUGGUGGCUCAGUUUGGAGUGAAGGAUGUGUUUGACAAUGCCAUCCGUGCUGCUCUCAUCUCACGGCGCCAUCUGCAGUUCUGGAAGUCUCACUUGCGGGACGUCCAACGGCUUCUCCUGCAGGCACCCUUCCUGCCUCCCAAACCUCCUCCACUUGUUAUAGUCAUCCCUCCGCCCCCUUCCACCACCGAGGAGCACCCGGGCCGGCUGCUGGAGGAGCCGCUGUGUGCUGAUGUGGUUUUGGUCCUCCAUGAGAACCAGCGAGUCUUCGCUCAUAAGGUCUACCUCGCCACGGCCUCCUCGAAAUUCUACGACCUUUUCCUCCAGGAUGUGAAGGCCGAGCCUGACUGUAAGCAACCCACUGGACGGGAGCCUCCCGCGCGGGCUGCCAGCUUUGACAUGUGUGAGAGCAGCGAUGAAGAAAGCAGGGUCAACCUCGGGGCCUGCAUCAGUGAUGGGACCCUAAUCGCCGCAGAUUCCGAUGGGAUCCUGGAGGGCGGACGUUGGGGGCGGCUUUUAUCUUCUUUGGGUCGAGCUUUCGUCAGCAUCAGGAGAGAAAAGGUCCAGGACCCCGUCACGUUCAUCUCUUGGCCAAUGAUGGUGGUGCACAUGGACCCCUCGGUGCUGCUUGGGCCGUUUUGCGUUGUCAUGCGUUACCUUUACACGGGACAGCUGGACGAACACGAGAAGGACCUGAUGCACAUCGCACACAUCGCUGAGCUGCUGGAGGUGUUUGACUUGCGCAUGAUGGUCGCCAACAUCCUCAACAACGAGGCCUUCAUGAAUCAGGAGAUCACGAAGGCUUUCCACGUGCGACGGACCAAUCGGGUGAAGGAAUGCCUGCUUAAAGAAACUUUCUCAGACUCCGUUUUAAUGGUGUUGUUCCCAAACAUGACCCGUAGUAGCAUGCAGGCGGUGCUGGAGUAUCUCUACACGGGAUGCUUCUGCUCCAGACCUGACCUGGACGCCAUGGAGCUCAUUAUCCUGGCUAAUCGCCUCUGCCUGCCUCACCUGGUCGCCCUCACAGAACUGCAUACUGUGACUGUUCUGAAGGAGGCUGCCGACAUGGGCACGGACAUCGACGGAGAUGUGCUGGUUUAUCUGGAGAUGGCUCAGUUCCACUGUGCCUACCAGCUCACCGAUUGGUGCCUUCACCACAUCUGCACCAACUACAACAACGUGUGCCGCAAAUUCCCCCGAGACAUGAGGGCCAAAUCAGCAGAGAACCAAGAAUACUUUGAGAAGCACCGCUGGCCUCCAGUCUGGUACCUGAAGGAGGACGACCACUACCAGAGAGCUCGGAAAGAGCGAGAAAAGGAGGACUACCUGUCCCAAAAACGCCAAAACAAGCGUAAAUGGAUGCUGUGGAAUCUUCCGCCCUCUCCUUCAAACCCCUCUUCAUCUUCCUCAUCCUCCUCUUCCUCAGGCUCCUCUGCUAUUAUUUGAAGAGACGAGGGUGAAGCCUUAUCGAUGGAGCAGCCGUGAGGUGCAGUGAACAGAUCCUCCAAUCUUUCUGCUUUUUCCACAGCUGAUUUCAGACCAGCAUCUCAUCAGUCGUGCGCUGAAGUUCUUGGUGCUUGAAGUCCUGCACUUGGAAGUGUACAGGCAUCACACAGACACAGCCGCCAAACAAGUCUAGAUGUACAAUGUUUACCAAAUGUGACUACAGUCGUUCUGCUUUUAAGCUAAACGGGUAAGCAUUUCAUCUCAAAGCAAUGAAGAAACUUUGCCGUGUUUUAGUGGUCCUCAGCUGAUUUUACUUUGGACAUCAAAUGGU